CUACGAUCCCUCAACGUCGUCCGCCGACGAAGUCAUACACCCUAUCCGGGCCCAUCAUCCUCUCCAUCGCCAUUCGCGGCAUGAAGUAGAGCGACUGACCGAUUCCUCGAAUCGCUCCCUCCGUCCAUCGGCCGCAAUAUCUUGCCACCCACAGAGCUGUCCGAUUCGGUGCGACGACGAAAUCCGCAUUGUCAACCCUGUUGCUUUCUGCCGAAUGCCCAGCCACGUCGUCUGCCGCUUUUUCGAUUCGCCAUCGCCGUGAUAGCCCGGCCGUGCAUGCCUCCCGCCGACCCCUCGCCCGCCGCGCGACUCAAACCAUUUCUUUCUUCUUGCCCGCUGGCGGUGCCUGCCUGACGCUCGGCGCCCUGAGAUAGGACCGCCACCAUGUUUUGGAGAUUUGGCGGCUACGCCAACAUCUCAACCAUCGAUACUAUCCUCGAUAAACCCGAGUUCACCCUCGAAGAGUUGCUCGAUGAGAGCGACUUGAUCCAAGAGCUUAAGCAGCACAACUCGAAGCUCAUUGAGUACCUUCGCGAGGAUAAGGUCCUCGAGCGGCUCCUCGAAUAUGUUGUUGCUCCCAAGCUCGAGAUCGUUGAGAGCCCUGGCGAGCUUCCCGAGGAAGAUACAAAGGGAAAACCUCGUCUGCUACCAUUUUCUCGCCCGCGUGCCUCUUCCCGCGCUACCGAUGUCACCGAGACCGACGAGGAGGAGCAGGAGAGGAGGCGUAAUAGGUAUGCCCUUGUCGCCUGCGAGGUCCUAAGCUCCGACACGUGGUCCAUCUACGAGUCGCUCAUGGAGAACCGCGGCCUGAUCCGCAACUUUUGGACGUUUCUCUCUCGCGAUGCUCCUCUCGAUCCGCUCCAGGCGAGCUACUUUACAAAGGUCAAUGAGUCGCUGUUUGAGAAAAAGACGGAGGAGAUGAUGGACCUGUUUCGGGGCUUACCCAAUGUCGUCUCUGAUCUGCUCCGUCACGUGGAAUGCCCCAUGAUUAUGGACUUGCUCCUCAAGAUUAUUGCUCUCGAUCGCAGCGAGGGCGGGCAGGGCAUUGUUGAGUGGCUUUAUGCAAGGGACAUAAUCCCGACACUGCUUUCUUGUCUCGAUCCCAAGCACAGUUGGCUGGUUCAAACUGCCGCCGGCGACUUCAUCAAGGCUAUCAUCACCAUCUCUGCCAACGCCUCCCAGAACGAGCAGCAAUGCAUCGGCCCCAACGAACUUACCCGCCAGCUUGUGUCGAAGCCGUGUGUCGAGCAGCUCGUUGGCUACAUGCUUGGAGGCGGCAACCCGUUGACUGUCGGUGUUGGUAUCGUCAUCGAGGUCAUUCGCAAGAAUAACUCUGAUUAUGAUCCGGACGUGGGCGCCGAGUCCAACGCCAUCCCUUCCAGCCGUGAUCCGAUCUACCUCGGCACGCUCUUGCGACUAUUUGCUGACAACGUGCCCAACUUCAUGAGCCUCAUCAUGGAUGGUCCUUCGCGGAAGCAAGGGCUCGACUGCACCUUUGGCGAGAAGCUUGAGCCCCUCGGCUUUGACCGAUUCAAGACGUGCGAACUCAUGGCAGAGCUCCUGCACUGCAGCAAUAUGGGCCUGCUCAACGAAGUUGGCUCGGAGCAGCUCAUUGAGGCGCGAGAUGCUGAACGUCAACGUCUGAGAAUCGAAGGAAAGCUCGGCCCACAGCGGGAAGAAGAGCGUUCAACCGAUGACCUUACCAUGCGCAUGCCGCAAUCAUCCACCGAAGAGGGGCGGCGUCUUGAAGUCACCAACGCAGACGAGGAUGGCUUCGAGGAGGUGGAACCCAGCAAAGAGAUGAGUGAGGACACGUCGCACGAGUUUGUUAAGGCCGAAGUCGACAUGGCCGCACCGCCGGCCGUCUCUUUUCUGGAAAAGGACGAGGAUGAUUUUGUGGAUGAACCUCUGAGCUCUCCGCGCCUCAGCGUGGCCGCGGACAAGAUAAAUGAGCAGCAAUUUGAGGAGCCUGAUCUCGUGGUUGCUCCCCUAUCUCCGGCCAAGAAUAAGCCGACCGAGACAACCCAGCAGUCCUCGACAGGGUCGUGGUCUGAGCAGCCGCAAGAUCAUGCCAGCAACAUUGUUGACAGCUUAACGAAACCAGAUGUUUUGCCGAAUGACCCUUCAUCGCUUCACCCAGCUGUCAAGACCGACUCCAGUGGAGCUGCUCGACAAGGCGCAUCAGACCUGGCUGAUGGCGCGUUGUCGCCUCACCCAGAAGACCUCCCUGCUCCGCUUUUCUCUGCGUCGUCCUCGGCGUCAGUUCCUGAGCAAGAGGCCGCGGAGCGACCCGCGGACAGCGCGACAGACGCGCCCUCGGAGUCCAGCAAGGCAGGAGUAAACGAGGCGAACGUCGCAAAUGACGACAGCGUGGCUGCGCCUGCAGUUGCACAGAACGAAGAGUCCGGUCCUGUAGAGCCCGUGGUUGGAGACUAUCUAAAGACGCAGUUCGUGGAGCAUCGAGUUGUACCGGCGAUUCUGUCCUUCUUCUUUUCUUACCCCUGGAACAACUUCCUACACAACGUCGUCUACGAUAUCGUCCAGCAGGUGUUCAACGGGCCCAUGGACAGGGGCUACAACCCGACACUUGCCGUGUCUCUGUUUGAGGCGGCUGACAUUACUGUUGCCAUCAUCAGCGGCCAGCAAGCUAGCGAUGAAUCUCAAGCAAAGACCAAGACGCGCAUGGGAUACAUGGGCCAUCUCACGCUCAUUGCUGAGGAGGUUGUCAAAUUUACGGAGCGACACCCUCCCGAGCUGCUGUCUGAGAUGGUGCUCGACAAGGUCAUGAGUCAGGAUUGGAUCAACUACGUCGAAGGCGCCCUCGCCGAGACACGCGAGAGAGACAAUGCCAUCUUGGGCGGCGUGAGGCCAGAAGUCGCACUUGGACAUCGCGGCAGCCUCGGUAACAACGGCAUGGGUGGUGUCGGUCUUUCGGGUCUGGGAGCAGCAUCAGGAGGCGCAUCCAAUGCGCUGGCUGAAGCUGGCCUGAAUGGGGGCAUCGAGCUCAACGAGGGCAGUGGCAACGGCAUCGGGCCCUUUGCCAUCAGCGCCGGAACUCUGAUGUCAGGCUUUGGUAGCAGCAGCGACGAAGAGGAUGAUGAGGGGGAUGGCGACGAAGAGGAUGUCAAUUCAGAGGUGAGUGGUGAUUCUUAUGAAGAUCGUGGUAGGGAGUCUCCCGAGCCAAGGGCCAAUGCAGACUCCCCCGAGGACGUCAUCAUGAGGUCCCCGGAGCCACUCAGAGAACUGUCGCCAGAUAUUUCGCCCGAUCUGCCCGCCACUGCUCUGGGUCAGCCCGUCAAGUUGCGGGGCCUGGACGAGUUGGACGAGCAUAUGGAAGAAGAGCAGCCACAAAGACCAGUUCCCUAGGGCGGGACAUUUCGAGAUGGGCUCGAUCGCCGGGCAAGCGCCACUUUUCAUCGACCCACGAGUAAUGCGAAUGGACACGAUCUGUCUUUUGAUGAUACGGAGGAAUUUGAGGGCAUUGAUCUAGACGAACUGGCACGACUCCUUGCCGCGGCUAGGUUCUAGGUCGAACAUCUCUGCCGAGUCUUGACGGAAUUUUAUGAUACCUGGCGAGUCUUGUACCGCGAUAGACGAUUGAUGGUUAGGAUUAUUGUGGGACAACAUUAGGGUGUAUACUGUGGAAACAAGACAAAAUACGGAGAACGAAUGGGAAACCGGACCUUGGGGGUUUAUGUCACUUUGUUGCUGGCGCCGGUGCUUGCUUAUGACUUUCUUUUUGUCUGAACUGGCACCGCGUGUGGAGGUGUUAUACUGACUUGGAUUCUCUAGUUCCGGGCCUACACGGAUCCGCUGAACAACGCGGGCGGCUCGAUGGCGCCUCCGUCAAUUCCUCCACCACCUCCACCGCCGCCACCGCCGUUGAACAUCCCGCCAUCCAGGGCGAGGCUGCAACUGGCGGCCAGGCUAGCCAUGCACCAGAAGAAUAACCAGGCGGCGCAACCGUCUUCAGGUACCUUACAUCACGAUAAUGAUGACGACGUCGACAGCAUGGACCCUUUCAGGGACGGGGAGGAUGAGAUCGACGACGACUUGGAAGGCGACGCACACCGGGACAGCGGCCGAGGUUCCUGGUGGAGAGAUGUGGUUCGGAGCAAGUUCAAGGCGGAUGACGACUCUGACGACGCCGACGAUGACGACGAGGAGUUUGGAGAUUUUGCCAUGGCCGAAGAAGACAAGGGAGGUGACGAUGCAGGAACUCCCAAAGUGCUGCUGCGACCACUGGCAGUCCACCCGGCCAAAGAGAGCAGUAGAGGACUGAGCGGACUGUGGCCCUUUGGCUCGAGAAGCGACAAGGACAAGAACAAGCAAGACCGUGGCAAAGAAGACUCAAAGGUCGAGGUGGUUGUGCCUGGGGCAAAGGACAAGUCAGAUGAAGACCAGGCAGUGGAGGUUAAGGAGGCUGCGAACAGGACGAGCAUCGAGGAGCCGGACGAGGAGGAGGAUGCGGCCAUCCGGGCAGAGCAGUCGUCGAGAAGCGCGUCUAAAUAGAUGUGCCGAGGGAGCCCAGUCGUUGUGAGCGAGACAGCGGAAGACAUGGUACGUCAUGCCUAGAUCUGAGCGAGGUUUGCCGCGUGCCAGCAGGGCCAGGCGAUGUGUACUAUUACGGAGUGCUUCCUGUUCUGACUAGGCUGUGUCCUUUUUGUAAAUUACAAUCUACGGGGUAUGAGCAACGUGCCAUGGAGAUGUCUGUACGAUUCUAGCAUGCUGACAAUAUUGAGGCCCUCCAGACAGG